UUGCCCAAUGUGGUGAACGUAAUAAAUGUCACUGAAUCGUACAUGUAAAAAUGGCUGAAAUGGCAAAUGUGUUGUUACAGAUAGCCUACCACAAUUUAAAAAAAUAUUUCCUCUUUCUUACGUCCUUCCCUUUAAAUACAUAGGUGUGGUCUCUGAUUACAUCAGCCCCUCUCUGAGCUCGUGAGAAGCGCUUAUUUUCAUGGUUCAGCAGUCAGGGUAGAUAUAGAAAUUGGCCAGUGUAUCUAAGUGUAGUGAGUGGGUUAGGAGUAGAGAUUGGAAUCUGCAUGUAUUUGUAGCAAUACCAGCUUCAGCUUGGAGAACUGUUAAGGGAGGGGUGUCAGUGGUUGAGAGAGGAGCAGGAUCAUGCUGGCGUGAAUGGUGUCAGUAAAGGACCAGAGAGAAUUUUGUCACAACCCAGUGGCUUUUCAAAGUGUUUUUGCAAAGGUGAAGACCAACACAGACAUAAGAUACUAGUUUCUCUCUCAGGGGUGAGGAGAAGGAUUCUAGCAGGGAGGGUCACACAGAGGGCUUCUAAGAAACAGGACUGAUAAUGGCCUAUUUCUUAUUCUGGCUGGUGAGCGUAGCUACCCCAAAGCAGAAACCAAAGACUCCGUUUUGCUUUGUCAUCAAUGCCCUCUCUCAGAGGUAUUUUCUUCAAGCCAAUGACCAGAAAGAUCUGAAGGACUGGGUUGAAGCCCUGAACCAAGCCAGCAAAAUCACUGUACCCAAAGGUGGGAGCCUGCCUCUGGCUACUGAAGUGAUCAAGAGCCCGGCAGUCCCUCCAGCCCUGGAGAAGAAGACACAAGUGGCCUACAAGACAGAGAUCAUUGGAGGGGUGGUGGUGCACACACCCAUCAACCAGAAUGGUGGGGAUGGGCAGGAAGGGAAUGAGCCAGGAUCCCACGCCAUCCUUCGAAGGUCUCAGAGUUACAUCCCCACGUCAGGCUGCCGUGUUCCCACCGGGCCUCCCCUCAUUAAGAGUGGCUACUGUGUGAAGCAAGGGAACGUGCGGAAGAGCUGGAAACGUCGCUUCUUUGCUCUUGAUGACUUUACCCUCUGCUACUUCAAGUGUGAACAGGACCGAGAGCCACUGCGCACUAUAUUUCUAAAGGACGUUCUCAAGACCCAUGAGUGUCUGGUCAAGUCUGGUGAUCUCUUAAUGAGAGACAACCUCUUUGAAAUAGUAACAAGCUCCAGGACCUUCUACAUACAGGCCGACAGUCCCGAAGACAUGCACAGCUGGAUUAAGGAGAUUGGGGCAGCUGUCCAGGCCCUCAAGUGCCAUCCUAGAGAAAUGUCCUUUUCUAGAUCGAUUUCUUUGACUCGACCUGGAAGCUCCAGCCUCUCAGGUGUGCCGAACUCCAUUUUGUAUAGAGGGCGGCCACCUGCGGAAGAGAAAAAAACCCUCUGCAAAGCCCCCUCUGCGGCCUCCUCCUGGCAACCCUGGACACCUGUGCCCCAGGCCAGGGAAAAGAUGCUUCCAGCUGAAGAGACUCCCGAGGACUCUUUGAUCAUGCCUCGACUUGGGGAGAGCAAAACUGCUGGCGUGUUGCCGAGCUCCCGGAUAAGGCACAGAUCGGAGCCCCAGCACCCUAAGGAGAAACCAUUCAUGUUCAACCUCGAUGAUGAAAAUAUACGGACCUCUGAUGUGUGACGAGGCACAGUGCCAUGGGAGGGAGGGAAGGGUCAAGAGGAGGAGGCCAUGAAUUGGUUUCUCUACCUUUUUGGGGGACACUCAGAGGCACUCAUGUUCCUGUGGAUUCUCUGUGGGUGGGGCCCAUCCUGCUGGCUUUUUUUUUUUUUAAUAUCAAUGCAGUGUAUUUAAUUUGGGAAGAUCAGUAGGUUAGACCUGUAGACAUGCUCAGUAGAGAGCAGGUUGCCUCUUGUUGACUAUUCCAGGGUCUUCCUGGUGAGGGGUUAUUUUAGUCCAAUUUCUCCCCUAACCAGGUUUUAUUUCCUUGUCCUUGUUUUUGUUUCUUCAUUUUGUUUUCAGGCCAGGUCCCAAAUCUUAGGCCAGUCAUCUGGUUUUAUCCUAUUCCUAUUUAUUGGCUGAAGUUUGACUGUGAAAUAGGAAGGGAUGGUAACUAACCCAGCUGAAAUGAGGAGGUGGGGUGGUGGAAGACUCAGCGUGACUACGAUCUGUUCUGAGGGAGAUGUCAAAGCCUGAGGGUCAGGGCUAGAAGGUGGCCCUCGGGGGACUAGGGGACUGUCUACUAGGGUAGACUCCCCAGGGGACCACAUAAGGGGAGAGAAAGGGAUGUUUUGUAAGGUAUGAGGAAUAAUUCAACCCCAGCGCAUCAUCAACAGUUUUGGAAAUUACUGUUGUUCUCUUCUAGAUGCUCUUUUCUAGAAGUUCAAAUACUGUAGAGCCCUCAUUGGGACAUGAGUGAUAGAUCUACCCACCCAGUUUCUGUGUCAGGCCCCAAGGAUGGGUUUAUCAGUGUUAAGUGUUAUGGUUGUUGAGAGCAUGGAAUGCGUGGAAGGUUGAUAAGUGUAUGAUAAAUCACACGUGUGAUAAGUGCGAUCUCUAUUUCAGAGUUUUAGAUUAGCUUUAAAGCAGGUGCUGUGAAGAGAUGGAUUAUAGGUUAUCCAGUUAAGCUUUUUUGGUCCAUGUUUUCCAGGCAGGAGAAAAGGUCUGUUUUAGCAAAGAUUAUCUUGAAUCCUUGCCUUGCCUCACAGCUCUUUUUUUAUGGGCCAUUAUUAGCCUAAUUUUAAGUGCGGUGUAUUUUAUAUCCUGGUAGAUUUGCUUUCUUUUUAUACUUUGUGUUGCCUUUGAGUGAAAUCUUGUGUGCUUGCAUGAUCUAACCCUGUAAUCUAAGAGGUUCCAUUGUAUUUAACAGCUAAGAGAUACAAAGGUAAUCUUGAGAUUUAUUUUUUAAUAAAAUAGAAACUGGGUCUAGAAACAUUGACUUAGAGGUUAUGAGUUGCUGGCUAGCGAUUUGCCAGGUAGAAGAGCAAAGAAGAUUGUUUCCUACGCAAAUUUUAGGAUAUACUUUCUUCCAGUUGACGAGAAGAUACUAUUUUCUGUGUCUGUGGAAGAAUUUGUCCAUCCAAUUUACGUGGUGAUUUGCAACCAGGAACCUAUUGGGGUUCCCUAUGGGGAGAGAGACCUUAGUGCAUUUCUGUCUAUAACUUGUAUCAGCUAGAUCACUUAUAUUUUUAAAUUAAAAAUUAAUGACUAGAGGAAGAGACUAAAAGAAGCACUUUUAUCUGAAUAAAUCACCUCCCCUCCUUGUGUCCAAAUUUAGUGUAGAGGCAGAAAACACUUGAUUAGAAAAUUCUUAGUGGCUUGAGAGGAAUCUUCUUGUCUUUCUUUUAGGCUGUUAUCACACUGAUGUCUGUGUCACAUUGAGAACUUUUCUUGAUAGCACUGCAUCGGCACUAUCCUUAAUCUAAACUUGAUUUGACCUAGUGGUCCUGGUAUGAAAAACAGAAAGCUACUGCUGAGUCAGUCAAUCAAUCAGUCUCUCUCUCGUCUACAGAUUCUAGUGUACUUUUGUCGUCAGAAAUGCUUAGUUUGUGAAUUAUUUAAUUAUGUGUGAUUGAGAUUACAAUAUACUUUGAGUAGCCUGAUUUCAAGAAGUCAUUCCAUAUUCUUAAAGCCCCCCGUGUCUCGUUUUACCUUUAAAUUUUCUUCAAGAAAACCUUUGGGCUAGGCAAAGAAUUACAGAGUCUGUGAUGCUGAACUAAUGAAAAUAGGAACUUUUGAUAUCUCUCUAAACAUUCAUUGAUUUAUGGAGAUGUCAUCUUUUGGGAUUUAAGUUAUGAAAAGUCUUUUUUAAUAUACUCUGCUAGAUUACUACUGCUAAAUUAAUUGGCUAUUUAGAGUAAGCUGAUCUGUUUCAUAUUCAGUAAAGUCUAUUUUGAGAAUGUGUGAAAUUAAACAUAUAAAUCCAGAUUGUAUUAUUUUGAUAGAGAGAAAACAAGGACUCUAAUUGGCAAAUACUUGGGAAUUCCAGAUGACAGCAUUGUUAAUGUAAUUUCAGCAUCAAAUAUAAUUAUCUUCAGUGAAGCCAUCUAAAAGCAUUCACAUUCCCAAACGUUUUUUCAAAAUUCCUUUUUUGCCCAUAUUUCUUACCUUCUGGCUAGUCUCAUACCACACCUGUUAAUGUCAGUACACAUGUUAGCCAAAGAUGCUGCAUAUUCAACCAAAGCACUUGGUUUGAAAUGGAACCAACUGGAAAAAAUAGAGCGGGUAUGCAGUAUAGGUUAGUGAUUAAAUGCAGGGGCUCUGGAAUAAAUAUGAGUUAACAACAAAAAGGAACCAGAAAAAGUACUGCAUUUUCUUUGUGGACUAAAAACCUUCACUGAGUUGGGCUGUUUCCAUAAGGCUUUUGAGCUGGUUCUUGACCCAUCACGUAUUACAGUAUUUCAGGUGGUCUUCCCUAUAGUUGAACUGUUUACCAGCCACCAUUCUUGAAAGCUUUGAAGGACUUGCUUACUCAAAGUCAGUUGAUGAUUGGUAAAAAUAGUUUGGCUUUUUGCAUUCUUUGAGACAUUACAAGAGUACUAUUAAGGAGUACAUUGUGUAGAGCGCUUUCAGGUCAAAAUACUGGAUUUACACACAUCAAUUUCUGAGUAGAAUGAUGAGCUCUGGUGAGAAAGAGAGUAGAUUUAAGGUUCAGUGUCUUUGCUCACUUGAAACAAAGGAGCUUUUCCUUCCACACUCUGAUAGGGGCUAAAAUGACCCAAUGAAUAAACAGCAGAUUAAGUCGUUGAGCAGUGGGAUUUGAUGUUUGUUCUCCCAGUUAAGUCACACAACAGGCAUAUGGAGGUAACAGCACUUUAGGAAUUGAGUUUCCCAAAUCAACUUUGUUUAUAAACUUUGAACAUGUCAGAAAUGGACCAACUUAUUAAACAUUUUCUACAGGCAUCGCUUUUUUUCCCCUAUUCAUUUUCCUCUCGUCUGUGUUAUUGCCUGCAGCCGUCAAUUACACUCUCACCUAGAGUCUGAAUAAAGCUUAUGUCUAGCAAAAACAUGCCGUUUGAGCCCCCUUUCCCACUGCUUAUGGUGUGGCAUGAUUUUGUGUUUUGAACCAGUAUGUUUCAGUUGUGAAAUGCACUCGCCCAAGGCACUGAGCUGAGUGCACGGAAACUGUUAACGCUUCUCAUUUUAUGUGAUCUCCUAACUGGUAUGUAACAAAAAAUAAUGUUUCUAAAACUGUCUUGUUGCUUGUUUUAUAAUAAAACCAUGUGAAAUACU